AUGAAACCGUCGACCGAGCCGCUGAAGAUGGAUGUUCGAGAAACAGUGCAUGAAAUCAACACUAUCGUCUACUCGUUGCAUCGCUUUCUGUCAAAUCAUACGCAAAUCGUAGAGAAAAUCUUAGCUCAGAAAUCCAUUGAGGUCGCACUUUGGCGUCGAAAAGAAUUACAUGUCCUCGACGUGGCCGACGAGAUGGACGAUGAGCACGUGGAGUUGAUUUCCCAGUACGGCGGGGAAACCGAAGGCGAACGUGUUUAUAGGUACCUUCAGACAGUUGUUGCGUGGGAUGCCGCAAUAGAUAUGCUGCUCCACCCUAAGUAUCAGGCCCUCUUGGCUGGUGUCUCUUUUGGCUUGGUUGAAGUUACCGGAAGGGAAACGCGGUUGAUGAAGGUCGACGAGUUUGCUACAGAAUACUUCGCAAGAGGCUCAACUGCGACAUCCAACGACGAAGUCGAAAUUCGGGACAUCCUCGCAUCGGCUACUCCCAUCCGAUUUGGGGGCACCAUUCACGCUGAGGCGACUUUGAUCUUCUCGCCUACUUUUUUCACCCAGACACCGCCAGCAAUUGUAUUAGCGACAUGGACACUGAUGGAUUAA